GAAGGUAGAGCUGGCAGGGGGCGCGGGUGAGUUGGAUGAAGAUUGUGAGAGAGGAGCCAGGAGGGUGCCGAGGGUUUUGGCCUGAGCAGCUGAAAGGACGGAGGUGCCCUUCAGGGAAAGGGAGUAGACAGCAGUCACUGACGUGUCACACGUUGAGUUGGGGAAGAUGAGGUGAUGGGGGCAUAUGGUACCUCAUUCAGUCCUGACGAAACCCCUGUGAGUAGUCAUUAUUAAUCCCGUUUUAUAUGCAAGGAAAUAGAAGCCCACAGCUCUGAAGUAAAUCGCCCUAGGCCACGUGGCUGCGUUCACAGCCCCUGGGAUUUGGCAUUCCCCGUGAUCCUUUUUUCUGCAUCAACGCCAGUGUUGUAGUCCAGUCCAAACGACCUCCCUGUCCACCCAUGAAAGCUCCCUGGAGUGAUGGUGUGUGCCUGGAGAGGGCUCUAGAAGAAAGACGUGCUCCCUCCCUCCCUCCCUCCCUCCCUUCCCUUGGUGUUGGUGAGGGCCGAGGGAGAGGGAGGCUGACCGCCAGCACCUGCUCUGGGGCCUCCCUCCAGGUCAUUGGCGGCCUGGAGAAGGAGGUGGUGACUUAAUAGGCCCAGCAGACGAAGAGAAGAGAACUUGGACCCAGGUUUGAACAGCAGCCUCUCACCAAUAAUGAAAGAUCAGGAGCCAGGAAACUGUAGAUAAAAAUAGCACUUAUCAGUUAAUUGGAAAAGAAUAUAUUUUUGCAACCACUGCUUCCACAAGAAAAUAAUUGGGUCCCAAGGCAGGGAACAACUCGUUUUCAUGAGUGAUUAUAUUGAUCAUUGGAGCAACGUGGAUACAUCCCCUUUGGAAAGCAAUUCAGAGGAGAAGCGUGUGGCUGGUCAGACAUGCCCAGGGUGAAAUCCUGAGAGGCUGCAGAAGGAGGAGGAAAGAGGCUGGAAGUUCAUGAGGGAGCGGGCCCUGGCUGGGCAGGCUGGUGUGGGGCUGUUGACUGGGAGAUGCAAAACAAGAGAACUCGCCUCCAACCCAAGUCCCGAGCUCUCCCGAGGGAGGAAAGAAAGUGUGUCCAUUCACAUAUCAGUUCCUUAUUCUUUUUUGUAAAAAACCCCACAUUUUUAAUUAAUUAAUUAAUUUAUUUAUUUUUGGCUGCAUCGGGUCUUAGUUGCAGCACGCAGGCUUCUCUCUAGUUGUGGCGUGCCAUGUGGGAUCUUAGUUCCCUGACCAGGGAUCGAACCCACAUCCCCUGCACUGGAAGGCAGAUUCUUAAUCACUGGAGCACCAGGGAAGUCCCUCAGUUCCUUAUUCUGCUUGAACCCAUUGGGUGUUUUGUUUGUUUGCACUUUUCUCCUGGAGGGAUUUACUGGCAGUGAGCAGCAUGUUCUUAUGGAAAGAGGAGCAGGGUGGGAGCCUCCCCUUUGCCACUGAGGGGAGAAUGUGACCCCCAAGUAUUUCCCAUUCCCUUUCCUGCUUCUGGAGUCAUUCAGUCAUUCAUUCUACGCAUAGUUAUCAAACACUCUGUCAGAACAAGAAGGGAACAUUGAGGGUUGAGGGUUCCUUGUGUGCUAAGUACUGUUCUAAGUGCUUUGCACGUAUUAACACAUUUACUCUUCAUGGCAACCCAGAGUAGGUGUCCUUAGCUCCAUUUUACAGGUGAAGAAACUAAGUCAAAGAAAGCUUAAAUAACGUGACCAAUAUCACUCACCUGGUGAGCGACUGACAGUCACUAGACACCGGGCUAGAUGCUAGAGACAGAAGGGUCCAAACUGGACACAGCUUGUGACCUUGUGGAGCUUAUUUUAUCUAACACGUAGUCACACAAAAGUACAAAGCACAGUGGGCACAAGGGAAGGAGAGGAAAUGAAGUGGUGAGAGAUGUCAGAGGCCUGAUUUGGGUUUGGGGGGUGGACGAGGCUGCACCGGGAGAGGUGGCCUGCUUCCUCGCUGCUUUCAGGUCCUCAGCGUGACUGCUUUGGUCCCUCGUUUAAAACAAUGACCCCCGUCACUCUUGAUGCCCUCCCCCACUCAGCACCGCCACACAUAUCAUGAGCUUUUCGAUGAUUUUUGAGCCAGAUCAAGAAGAGGAUAUCAAAGGUGGUCACUUUUCUGGUAGGUGCCUGCAGAGGAGCUACGGGACAGGUCUGCGUGGAUCUGGGUGCCUGACUUUGAGGCAGCUGGGAACCUAAACCUUCGUUACCCUAAUGAGCCUUAAGGGGACAGUGGGCUCUCGGUCAGUGCAGCUCUUGGGCAGACCCAUCCCCCACCCUCCCCAGGCCAGGGUGAGUACCACGUGAUCGCUCUCGCUCACCUGUCAGUGCUCUGUUAUUGGUUGGUUCCAUUUGUUACUGUCUGUCUCUCAGAAUUUUCCUGUGGGGCAAGACCUGUGUUUUCCUUUGGUUGCUGCAAAGCCCAGAGGAACUCGUUCAGCGGUUCAUGAAGGAGUGAGCGAUGGAGGGGCUUGUCAAAUGGGAACAGCUGUUAUUUGUCCAGCCCCUUUAAGCCAGGGGCCCACAGCUUCCCUGGGCAUGUGCUCCUCCAUCCCCUUGGCCUUCCUGGCAGAGGCCAAGCAGCUGUUAGUCUGUUUCCACAGAUGGUCAUCCAAGGCCCCGAGAAGGGAAGCUCUUCACUGGGUUACCCAAGGAGGCUGGGGCAGAAUUGAGCCUGGAAUUUAUCUCUGUGCCCUGGUGGUUGUCCAUAAGAUCCGGCCCCCUAUUCUGCAGAGGGGAAACACCAGUGUGAUCAUCAAGAAAUAAUUUUUCUUUGGCCCCAAAUUGAUUUGCCUACAGACGGAUGUGCCAUCCUUAUUUUGUCUUAAUCUAAAUGUAAAUUAAGUUUCCAUUCCCGGGGUACAUUAAGGCAGGGGUCUAGACUUGGAGUUAGGAGCCCUGAAUUCCAUCCAGGCUUUGCUUUUAGUUGUGGUCCUGGGCAAGUCCCUUCUUCUCUGGUCCUCAGUCUUUACCAUCGUAAACAAAGAGUCCAUCCCAAGCCCUGUUGCACAGCAGAACUGCCUGGGUACCUCCACCCCCCAACACCAAGAUCUGACUCAGUAGGUCUCGAGGCGGAUCCUGGUCCUGUGUACAGGAAGGAGGUGAGGUCUGUUCGGCCACAUGGUCUUACAGGCCCCCUUACCCAACUCGGCAAACCUGGGUGACCAGGUGACAGUGGCUUGCUUUCAUCAAUGAGGGGUCAGGGCCUUGUGGAGAACCAGCCCUUGCCCCUUCCCUCAGCUGCGGCCUGUUUUCAAGAUGGGUCUUCCGCAGAAGAGGACCCAGUGCUUUAGGGACAAUAGGACAGAGUUUGGAUUUAAAACGCUGGUGCUGAAUAUCCCAUUUCAAAGCUUCACCAAAAAUAAAUAAAUAAGGAAUUCCCUGGUGGUCCAGUGGAUAAGACUCCACAAUCUCACUGCUGAGGGCCUAGGUUCAAUCCCUGGUCAGGGAACUAAGAUCCCACAAGUCGUGCGGCCCAGCCAAAAAAAAUUUUUUUUAAUUUUUUAAUUAAAAAAAUUUUAAAAAGCUUCAGCUGAGUGGAUGAAUUUUUUUUUCCCCCCGCAAGUGAACCCUAUCCUAAUUCCUCUUUUGUAAGCUGGAGGGAGACCUACCUGGGGGCAACCAGUCUCAGAGAGAUUGUAGAGAAAUGCCUUGUAAACGGUUUAAUAAUUUAGAUCUCUCCAUGUGGAUGAUGAUUCUGGUGGAUAUUUUCCUCUCUCCUCCCUGGCUUCCCUGGGUGAGAAUGAGCGCGGGCAGAUUUAAACAUCUAGGUUGGUCCCCCGCUGCCCCAAGCCACCCACCCACUCAGCCCAUACCCGAGCGGCUGCCUCCCCCUGUCGUUUAGUGUGUCCUCAGGGGAAGCAGACUCAUUUCAGUAUAAGCUCAAGCAAACUGUAAUUAGGACAGUAAAUCUGCUGUUUAACAACAACAACAAAAAAAAGUCCUAGGACAGGUUUCAGGGUCCUGGACAUCCUUCCUUUGAUGCUGAAGGAAGGAUGGGAGAGACCUGGCCUUUGAUUUAAUUUCUCCCAGUUUGGGAACAGAGUCCAGGACAUGGUAACCAUGUUUACUGAAAAUGCAACACGGCUUAAAAUCUACUGUGAGAUCGUCUGAGGCUGCAGGAAUGGGGACCUGACCUCAUGAAAGUCUUUUUUUUCUUUCCAUGCCUUGCAGUAUGACUGACUCAGAGCAUCCGUCCUGCACGAGCACCCUCACCUCCUUUCCAGGGCAUUUACCACGUCAGUGGCAGUGCACCAAGGGCUGUAGAUAUAUUUUCUCAGUCAGUCUGCACAACAGCCUUAGGAGGCAGGUUCUGUCAUCUGCAUUUUACCCCCAUUUUAUGGAUGAAAAAAACUGAGGUUGAGAGAGGCAAGUGACUUGCCCCGGGUUGCACAGCAUGCAGGUGGGGCAACUGGAUUUGAAGGGUCUGUGCUCCUAGCCUCUGUGCUGUACUGCAACUGCUCAGUCUGAGAACCGCAGAUCACCACACCAGGCUGAAGGCUACCUCCCCACCAAGCCUGUUUUCCUUCCCUCGUUCCUUCUUGGCAUGAUCCACACUUCUCUAAACCUCAGGCUUAGUGGCCACUCAGCCACUGCCUCUCACUGAGCUCCCCACCUGGGCUGCUGCUUAGAUGAGAAGGAGGGAUUAUUACUCUCAGUGUACACCAGUCACCAGGCCUCCUGGUGCCGGUGCUAGGGUGUGGCAGGCAGGCCAUUUCCUCCCCGUUAGCCUCAGUGUCCCAGACUAGAAAGCGGAGGCUGGGGCCAUCUGGCGAGCGCCUUGGGUUCACCCCAGAGGGACAGGUGUCCCUUUCCUAUGGGAGCUUGCCUGCAGUGGGGUACGGCAGCCUCCAGAAAGCUCUCUUUGCUUAAUAGCACCCGACCUUGCUCUGCCUGCUCAGCGUUUUGAUUGCUAAAUUUAUACAGUGUUAGUUUGCCUUCUUCAUGCGUGUCUUUAAAAGAACACCGGAGGCCUCUCCUGAAAGAGUUUUCUGUCUUGGGUGGACCCUGAGCCUCCCGAGCUCAGGGGAGGCUCUACCUGGCCAGCUGUGUCUCACUCCCCCGCUUUUGCCUUGCUGUCCCCCAGCCAUUUGGCUCCACACUGACCAGGCCUGCUCUGUGCCACAGGCAGGUCCUUCCAGCUUUCCUGUGCGGGACCAUCGCAACCGGGGAGCUUGGCCUCCGGUGACCUCCCUCUUUCCUAGGAAGAUGUUCCUGGUGGGCCUGACAGGGGGCAUUGCCUCAGGCAAGAGCUCGGUGAUCCAGGUGUUCCAGCAGCUGGGUUGUGCAGUGAUUGAUGUGGAUGUCAUUGCCCGGCAUGAACCCCUGGGUUCCGCCAUCAUUUUGCCUCUGGUCACCCAGAGUCCCCUGGCUGGACUGGAGGCUCCAGCGAGUGACCCAGGCUCCUCUUCAUGCCACAGUCGUCCAGCCAGGGUACCCCGCCCACCGGCGUAUCGUGGAGGCCUUCGGCACUGAGGUCUUGCUGGAGAAUGGCAACAUCGAUCGAAAGGUCCUGGGGGACCUGAUCUUUAACCAGCCCGACCGGCGGCACCUGCUCAACUCCAUCACCCACCCCGAGAUCUGCAAGGAAAUGAUGAAGGAGACCUUCAAGUUCUUCCUCCGGGGAUACCGCUACGUGAUUCUGGAUAUCCCCCUGCUGUUUGAGACCAAGAAGCUGCUCAAGUACAUGAAGCACACGGUGGUGGUAUACUGUGACCGAGACACGCAGCUGGCCCGGCUGAUGCAGCGGAACAACCUGAACCGCGAUGACGCAGAGGCCCGGAUCAAGGCCCAGCUGCCCCUGAAGGACAAGGCCCGCAUGGCCCGCCACGUUCUAGACAACUCGGGCGAGUGGAGCGUCACCAAACGCCAGGUGGUCCUCCUGCACGCCGAGCUGGAGCGCUCCCUGGAGUACCUGCCACUGCGGCUCGGGGUCCUCACGGGGCUGGCCGGCAUCGCCAGUCUCCUCUACCUGCUCACCCACUACCUCCUGCCUUCCCCCUAGCGGGACCCUGCAAGGCAGGAAUUCCUGGGUCUCCAUCUCCUCAGAGGCUGAAACCAGGUAAUGAAUGCAUCCGGUUUCCUCCCAACCCCUCAGCACACACACUCUGGAUCUGGGCUGGAGCCCUGCACUGGGCCGACCCUUCCUCGGAGCACAUCCUGUCCAAGGCAGAGAAGCAGCCCUCUGUCAGCAGAUGCUCCUUCCCACCUCCCCCAGUGCCCCUCCCUCUGGAACAGUGACCAUCACGGGCUGUGGAAGCAACAGUGGUAGACUCUUGUAACUUUCUUGUGGGCGGGGGUGAGGAGCACCUUCAGUGGACGUCACCAGUGUUUAAAGCUGGGAGGGUCCCUGGGCUUGAACCCUUUCCUAGCACGUGCCCCGUCACGGCCAAAACCCCCUGUGUGGACCAUGGGAAAUCAGUUUAGACCAAGGGCUGCCUUCAAGCAGGAUUCCCCUGUAGAUUGAAGCCCUUGGCCAGGAGGCAGUAACAAUCCCCUUGUCGUGAUGCUGUAAUGAGGCAGAGGCCAGGCCUCUUCUGGGAUGACCCACUGUCCCACCGUGGCAUUUCCCUAGCACUCUCCGCACCCUGCUCCCCGCCUCCUACCACUCUACCUCCCUGAGCUCUUGCUAGGCUGCACGCGGUGCACCAGGCUGUUUCUGGCCUCUUUGCCUUCACCUUGCUGCUCCCCAAUCUGGAAAACCUUUUUUUUUUUCCCUACAACUGGCAACCUUCCAGCUCAGGCACCAUCUGAAGCCCCAGGCUGGGUUAGGUGCUCUGGGUUACCCCCUGCCCCACAUUUUACCUGAAUCCACAGUAUAAUAAUCAGCCAAAAACUGGUUAGUCUCUCCUACUAGACUGUAAGCCCUUUGAGGGCAGGAACUGUGUCUUAUUCAUCCGUGUUCCUGGUGCAGAGCCUGACUCGCCAUUGGUGCUGAAUAAAAUGUGUUGAUCUGAAA